GCCUGAGGAAGGAAAAGACUCACCGGAAACAGAAGUGGCCCACUUGGGAAAUACAUAGAUUCCUUUUAGCGGGCUGUGGCCGACUGCAGUGCCCCUAGCGGAGGUCUCUGAGUUGACCAUGCAGAUCUGGGACAGUCUGUGGAAUCUGUUUUACCUAAGUUAAACGAGAAUGCAUGACAAAAGCUCACUACGGUGGCAUUCCCUGGUUUGGUAUCGCGUGUGACUUAUCAUUAAUCCUAUGAAAUAAAAUGUGAUGACGCGAAAAGCUAAGUAGGAAAGCGUCACUGAGCACACAUGACUACUGUAGGCGCUGUGGGAGGCUUUGGAUGACAUAUAAAUUCGACAAACGCGGUGGUUGCUAUAGCAACGAAUCUGACGCUUUCCCCCAGAUCCAUCCUUCACUUAGAUUGCUGACUGCAUUAUCAUGGCUGACAGAAUAAUUCCAUCAGUGAAUUCACUCGUGAAAUAUGAUAAUGCUGUUUUGGUCACCAAACACCCAGAGAAAAAACUUCCCCCUCUUAAGGUCCAAUCAGGCAUCACAGCAUCUGCACCUUCCCCUAAACCUGGUACUUCAGCAGCCGACUUGCGAAAGGAAACAGAUGAGAUAUUGAAUUCUAUCCUUCCACCAAAAGAAUGGGAGGAAGACGGACAACUUUGGAGACAACAGGUGUCAAGCACACCAGCAACUCGUCUUGAUGUCAUUAAUCUACAAGAGCAGCUUGAUAUGCGCUUGCAGCAGAGACAGGCAAGGGAGACUGGAAUUUGUCCAGUCCGUAGAGAACUAUACACCCAAUGUUUUGAUGAAAUUAUUCGCCAAGUCACCAUUAACUGUGCUGAAAGAGGCCUACUAUUACUCCGAGUUCGAGAUGAAUUACGCAUGACUGUAGCUGCUUACCAAGCUCUUUAUGAAAGCAGCAUAGCUUUUGGGAUGAGAAAAGCUCUUCAGGCGGAACAAGGUAAAGCGGAUUUAGAAGAGAGUGUAAAAACACUGCGGGAGGAUAAAGCUGAAUUAGAAAGGCAGCUAUUAGAUCAGCGCACAAAGGCAGAACAGAUGGAGAGACGUUCCAGUGAGUUAAGAGCUGCUGAAGAAAAAAAGCAUACCGAAGAGAUAACCUUUUUGAAAAAGACAAACCAACAAUUAAAGACUCAAUUAGAGGGUAUUAUAGCACCAAAGAAGUGAAAACGGAUCUCUCAGCCCAUCAUCAUCCAUCACUACAGGUUUUCUUCUUUUUUCCUUAAGGUUUCAUGGUUAAGAGGCUGUGAAUAUUUUGACUCUAGUGGUAACAAUUUUUGAAAAAACAAAUCAAGAAAUAAAACGUUCUCUUUUAA